AUGGAUGUGGUAGAUUUGGUAGAAACAGGUGCAAGGUCUAUUCGUGUUGGGCGGUACUCUACUUUGGCGGGUUAUACCGUGGCUAUCUAUGACUGGGUCAUUUCUAUCGACGAGGAAUACGACCUAGUAUGGAUGACCCCUCAAUGGACGGCAAUCAAAUGUGCAUUCAUCCUCUGUCGCUACUUUGUCCUACUCUUCUUUCCAAUCUAUGUAUGGCUCUUUCUCGGUAACCAUGCAGAGCACCUCUGUGAAGACCUCGUUCACCCUUUGUAUGGUCUCAUGACUUUGUUUCACUUGUUUCCACAAGUCGUGAUGAUCGUCCGGACGUGGGCCUUCACCGGAAGAAACUCUUACGUCCUUUUCUUUCUAAUUCUCUGUCUUCUGGGAUUCGUGGCUGCCGAUGCAUGGGUUUUUGGCGCAAAUUUUAACAUCCAUCCAGCAGUCCAUGCGUUUUAUGGCGAUUCGGGCUGUUUUGGAACCGAUCUUGAUGCACCAGAGGGUACUCCAUCCUUCAAACCUGGUGUGAGUACAGACCAUGCGCAAUCGAUGCUAGCCACCACUCAACCUCAUCACCUCCAGAUGGUUAUGGUUAGCGCUUUUCUAAUGGAUCUUUGCAUGAUGGUUAUCAUCGUCGCCAACCCUGUCUCUCCGCCGACAGGCGACACCCUCCGAAACCUACCAACUUAG